AUGACAAAACAUUUUGGUUUAAUUUUAACGCAGAAAAUCGAUAAUACUCCACUCAAAACAUUGACCAACUAUUAUCACUGUGUCAAUAGAUGUUUACAACACAUUAAAGAUGAAAGUCAUGAACGUUUUUUGACACUCCUUGAAGCUGUACUUCAUGCAUUUCUGUACAAACAACUUAACAAAACGCAAUACUCUCAUCAAUUCAAAGAGUCUGAUUUAAAAGAAUUCUUAAAUAUUGCUCUAGAAUUGUCGUCGACAUGUGAUCUUAAACAUCAAUCUUGUUUACGUAUUAUCCAACAUUUAUUGUUCAAACUAGAGAACAAUGCAAUAACGAAGCCUACAAAAAUCAAAUAUCUAUUUGAAAGAGUGAAUAACCUUGAUGAUAAUUUAUGUGAAAAAAAUGAUCCUGCUAGUAUCAUACAAGAUGAAUGGUUAAAUGAAUAUAUUUUUCAUAUGCCUCAAGAUUGGUCGAUGUUAAGCGAAUAUGAUUAUCAAGUUCUCAAUAAAAUUCAUAGCAAUAAUCGUUGGUCAAUUUAUAUUUGGUCGAAGCUUAUUAGCCUGAGCCUUUCGAAAACAGAAGUUGAUAAAUGGAAGGAAACACUUGCAGAACUAAAUGAAUGGAUGAUCAUUGUUAAACAUGAUAUUUACGAUCCCAAUGACACAUUAACAAUUAUUUUCGUUAAGAAUAUAUUCGAUAUUGUUAUUUCCAAGCAUACAAAAUCUUUAUUGUCUGUUUGGAAUAUCGGAACGAUUCUUAAUUAUAUUCUAUGUGGUAGACAAAGCAAUCAUAAUUUAUUGAAUACAAAACAAGUGGAUGAUUUCAUUCAAAAUGUACAUCAUUCAAUGCAGGAUAUUUUAUCAUUAAAUAGUAAGCUUGAUUUAUCAAAAUUGUUUAUCAAAAAGUUAUAG